AUGAGUGCUCCGUUUUAUAGUUUUGAUCCCUGCGUUGCAACAGGCCAGCCUUGUGGAGCUUGUUAUCCAUACACGACGAAGCCAUGUGUUGCUUCCUGCAACGAUCUCAGGCCUUGUUCUGUGUGUCCUGGAGGAGGGUGUUCACCGUGCCCAGCUCCAGUCCGACCGUGUCCCGAACCUUGUCCAGCUCCUCCAAUUUUACCAUGUUUACCACCAUGUCCUCCCUGUGAUAAGCCACGUACAGAACCACCGAAACCCGUACCAGUUUGCGACACGGUGGCGAUACCUUGCUGUCGGCCGAAUCGCUGCAGGGCGUGUCCUUGCUAUUGUACCACAGAGCCAGGAUUAUAUAAAAAUCAUAUAAACCAUAUAAAUUGCAAAAAAUUUAGUCUAGUCAAUUAUAGUUUACAAACAUGUCAGUGCUGCCUCGCGGCUACGAAUGCUUCCCUCGCCCUGCGAGGUACGGAUGCGUCAGGGGUGAAUGGAGCAUAUACUACAAGAGGCCCAGGUGUGGACAACCCAGACCGCAGCCGUUCCAGAGGGAGGUUCCGUGCUACUGCUCUGGCCCUAGUAAUGCGCCUCGCGAAAGGCCUUGCUGCUAUGACUUCCCAUGUAAGGCCCAUUGCUUCAAUCACGGUGCAUGCACGAGACCCAGCGGCAGAUAUGCCCGGACCGUGUGGUACCCUGGCGAGUGUUGUCCAGUCAUCCCUCCGUGUCAAGCGUUCACUUGCCCAAGCCCGCCUUAUCACCCUUGCUGCUACCACACAUGUAAUAAACUGGUCUGAUUUAAAGCUUUCGUCGAUGAAAGCGUUGAAAGACUUGAUGUCAGUUGUGUUAACUCUUUUAAUUUUUUGGAUUAUUGGAACAGCGAGAGCCCGACAACCGGACAUAGAUAUCAACAGAAUAAAACUUUUACCAAAAGAAGGACACCAGCAUUCAAAUUUACAAAGUCGUCGUUCUAUAGUUCCGUAUCACUUUAGAAAGAAUGAUUAUGACCAUCAUAGCAGCCGGUUCGGCCAGCUACGUCCGCAGAUGCACAUUAUCUACGAUACCGCAUCGAAUACCGAAGCGAAGGCGGGCAAAGUCUACCAGCCAAGAGAAGACCCGCGCUUCUUUUAUCAGUCUGAUUCUUAUAUGGAAGAAGUUAAUAGGAAAAACUUAAGCAAUGAAGUUUCAGCUACUUAUUUAGAACGAGGAGUAGUGCGUGCAAGCGAACACAAACUUAGAUCGUUGCCAUUUCAAUUACGAGAUAAUGAACUGAACAGUAUAUAUGAAGAUACCUGUGUGAAGUGUCCCCCUGACAGAACGUUGAUCGCAAAGGCUGGUGUUGAUAGAGCUAUGCUGCAGUAUCCCCGCAUUUUUACAUGUUCAGGAAGAAAAGCUGCUAGAGCUGUAAGAUUCACACGCAUGUAUGGCCCUGAAUUUGGGUCGUUGUUGAAAGCCGGCUCUCAUAUGCUAGUCGGCCGGAUUACUUAUAAAGGUGAAAUCUUACAAACAUGUAAAAUGCAAAUACAUGUUUUGUUACAAUCUUGUCCCGUCCCGAAAUAUUUGGUGUCUCACUGUAAAGCUGGAAAUAAAACAUGCAGUUUUACGUGUCGGAAUGCUAAAUCCGAAUUGCGUGGCACAAAAUCCUUAAUGUGUGAAGAAAAUCAACGAUGGUCGGGACGACUGCCGACCUGCAAUACUCGUACAUGGUGUACCCCUCCAAUCCCGCCGGAUCAUGGCAAAGUAAGCUGCAAGGGAGUGACUGCUUCUAACGGCUAUGGACUUACAGACGGAUCAGCUUGUCGUGUCCGAUGUGCUAAAGGCUGGCGUUGGCGUUCGCGUGUCUCCAUCUGCCGGCGAGGAAAUUGGACUCAUAACCUUAUAUGUCAACCGAACCGAAGCAAAUAA